UUUUUCCCGUUUUUAAUUUUUGUAUCACAAAAUGUAACGUGAUCGACCACACACUAGGUGGCGGCAUGCACAAACAAAAUGUGUGAACACCAUGACAUCGAAGAAGAAGUAGUAAACGGAAGUGAACAGUAAUCAAGAACAAUUUCCACGUUAGCAUUUUUAUUGUUGUUAUUUAUAGGUUUAUUAACACAAUGGGGAAAAAAUGUGACUAAUUUAACUGCAUAGCAUCACAUACUUACAGUAGGUAGUCUUUAAUUCGCGUUGGAGACAGGACUUGGUUGAUAGAGCUACGUAACGCUAGCUAGUUGCUAACAAUGGCUAACUGUAUGGUUUUUCACACUCAAAUAGCUUCCAUUAUGGAGGUGCUAGCGAAUGCAGCCGUGGCAGAGAUCUGUAAACUUGUAGACGACGACUAUGCAGUGUUUCGAUUGGAAAUUUCUCAAAGUCAGAAAGAAAACAGGGGGUUGCGGAAGAAACUACAACUAAUGGACAUGAAGGUGGCACGGGAGCGCGUCCUCGCCAGUCGUCCAAGUAGUGUCAAGGUCGUCGACCGAUACAGAGGAAUAGCAAGAGGUGAAGGACUUUUCACUGGAGGCCACAUGAGCUUUGUGAAGCCAGCGGGACACAGUGCAUGGACAGAUGACCAACCAAUCACUGUUGAUGAGGGGAGUGGAACCUCAACCCAGCAUGUUAUCAUGAUAGAGUCUGCAGAGGCUGCAGGUACUGGAGGAUUGUCUCUGGUCAAGCAGGAGACGACUGAAAGAGACGACCCACAACACAGCAGAAAUAUCCAGACUGGAGCAGCGGUUGGAGUGGCGCCUCCUGUAGCCACGGCAGACCUCGCCACGGUGCCCCAGCACAGGAUCCGACACAGCAUGACGGAGGUCAGUGGAACGCCGAACGCCGUCCUCAAGUCAGAGACAGGCACAGAGACUUUAACUGUAACACAAAGGCUCUUACACACAGCAUCUGACCACAGGUCAGACCCAAAGAGACUGGGCCUGGGGAGACCGGGCUGUCCUCCUGCUCCCAGCUCAGAGUAUUUACUUUACGGUAGCCCGAGGACGGUUCAUUCCCAUCGAGACUCAGGUGACGUGUUAGAGACUAGCAAAGAUCUGUCUUGUUCUUACACUACAGAGAUGGACCCUGGCAACAUGCCCUUGGGUUUAGAGACACAGACUGAUCUGUCUAGAGGGGACUGGAACCAGUACAGUAGUAGUGUAUACUCUGAAGGGUGCCUAGAUAAGAAAGAGGAGGUUAUAGUCAUAAAUGAGGUGACUGUGAAAGUGGAGGGCGACACUCCUCUGAUAUGGAAUGAGACUCACUUAGGAGAAGGACACUCACAAGGCAGAGAUUUCUUAGAUUACAGGGAAAGCUUAGAGACAAAUCCAGAUGUCGUGACCCACUCCCCUUUACACGCGCUCAGGGAUUGCGAACCAGUGUCCACGUCAAUGGGGCCUUCCGAUCAGUUAUUGAACUCAAAGGACCAAAGGGCCAAGGCUCAGGGAGGGGGACAAACAUCAGGCAUUAGUAAAGUGAAACGGUUCCUCUGCAUGUUCUGUAACAAAGGAUUCAGCUGCGUCCAGAAGGUGGAGAUCCACCAGAGGGUCCACACAGGGGAGAAACCAUUCAGCUGUACCCAGUGUCACAUGCGAUUUGCAGAGGCUGGCAACCUGAAAAGGCACCAGAGGGUCCACACAGGGGAGAAACCCUACAGCUGCCCCCAGUGUCUCAUGCGUUUCGCCCAGUCUGGUAACCUGAAGAUGCACCUAAAGGUCCACACGGGAGAGAGGCCGUUCGCCUGUACGCACUGCAGGAAGAGGUUCUCAGAAAGGAGCUACCUCAGGAUACACCAGCAGAAAAAACAUUCCACUCUAUAACAUAGAAAGUACACAUUCCACUCGAUCGCUUCUGACGUUUAGAUCAAACCCUGCAUUAAAGACAAAGAUUCAUUUUCAUUGUUGUCAGCAGAAAAGAUCCACAAGUGCAUUUGGAAUAACGAAAGUAACAGAUUUCAGUGUUCAAUAUUCCUGGAUAAAAUAUUGCAUCCAGACAUUGUCUGAUUUAUAAGGCAUAUAUAAGCCUAAAAAGGUUGUUACAUAUUGGUUUUGUACUGUGUAGGCUAUAUGAUGUGCACAAAUGCCUAUUUCAUUACUUCCAUUAAACUACUUAAUUUUU